AUGCCAGAUUCGCAAUUUCGUACCCCAGGGACGCGUGGCCGUGAGGCUAUCGAUACGGCUGAGAAGUUCGCGGGACAGGUUGAGGUGGAGGAGGUGUUUGAAAGUACAUUUGAGAAACCGCAUAUUCUGGGCGCGAGAAAGGAGAUGGCAUCAUGGAGUGGACAACCUCAUGUCAAGGGCUCUACGGAGACGAUGCGAAUGGCACUGUUGACCUUCUCGCUGGUGGGUCUACAGUUUACUUGGGGAAUUGAAAUGACUUAUUGCACACCCUAUCUAUUACAACUCGGACUCACGAAAUCGAAAACUUCCUUGGUUUGGAUCGCGGGACCGCUUUCGGGUCUGAUAAUGCAACCUAUUGUUGGAGUAAUUGCGGACAGGUCAACAUCGAAAUAUGGUAGACGGCGGCCGGUGAUGGUAAUAGGAUCUCUCCUAGUUGCGGCGUGUUUGAUAGUGCUUGGCUGGACGAAAGAAAUCGUUGGACAUUUCAUUGAGGAAGGGGACUUUAGAAAGACGGUUACCAUCUUCGUUGCUGUUCUGGCCAUAUAUGCGGUCGAUUUUGCUAUCAACGCGGUACAAGCAUGCUGUCGAAGCUUGAUUGUUGAUACACUGCCAAUUCCAAAACAACAGGCUGGAAGCUCCUGGGGAAGCCGAAUGGCUGCUAUGGGCCACAUCAUUGGAUACGUAGCCGGCACCAUUGACCUUGUCGCAGUCUUUGGACCCUCGUUUGGUGAUACUCAAUUCAAGAAGUUGACUUUGAUCGCUGCUUUUGGAUUGAUAUUCGCAGUUAGUGUUACUUCAUGGGCAGUUACGGAACGAGUGCUAGUUUCAAGCAAGUCUACAGAAUCAAAAGCAGGGCCUCUUCAGAUGAUUAGCCAUAUUUUCAAGACAGCUACGAACUUACCUCCAAGGAUUCAGGCUAUCUGUAAUGUGCAAGUGUGGAGUUGGAUUGGUUGGUUUCCGUUUCUGUUCUAUUCCACAACUUGGGUAGGCGAGACAUAUUUCAGAUACGAUGCGCCUCACGAUGUCAAGCAAUCCAAAGACGCACUAGGAGACAUUGGAAGAAUCGGCAGCAUGUCACUUGUAGUCUUCUCAACUGUUACCUGUAUUGGAGCCUUCAUCCUGCCACAACUUGUCAAAUCACCCGACGAAGAAGGAUUUACAGCUCGACCACCGGCAGCGAUAGCAGGUAUCGUCACCAAAUUCAACGAGUACAAGCCCGAUCUCCUCACAGCCUGGAUGUGGGGUCACUGCAUGUUCAGCAGUGUAAUGAUGAUGGCACCUUUCGUGCAUUCCUUUCGCGCAGCAACCUUCCUCGUCGCCCUCUGCGGUUUACCCUGGGCCCUCGCAACCUGGGCACCAAACACCUACCUCGGAAUCGAAGUAAACCGACUCUCCAGCACCGCACCCUCCCACCGACGUCUCUCCUCCUCGCGAAUAGAAAUGACCUCCCCCAGCACGCCUUUCAAACUCGAACACGGCCUCCUCGACGACCCCGUGUCCUCCACCGGCGAACUCUCCGGUCUCUACUUCGGCAUCCUGAAUAUCUACACCACGAUCCCGCAGUUCAUCGGCACGUUCAUAAGUAUGAUUGUAUUUAGUAUUCUAGAACCGGGGAAGAGCCCGGAAUUAGCACAUGAUGCGCAUCCGGAUGAACAUCAUGGGACGGAUGGCCCGAAUGCUAUUGCCGUGUGUCUUUUUAUUGGGGCGUUGAGCACAAUUGGCGCGGCGUUUGCGACGAAGAGGUUGAAGGAUUUGCAGUGA